AAAACGAGAGACGCUCAGCCGACGUCCCGGCCCCCGUAGGCGGACGGCUCCGCGACCCCCGGCCCCGGAUGUUGAUAUGUCGUCUGCCCCGGAAACGGCGACAAGAAGCUCAAGGGGGCGGAGGCGGUGUUGCCGGGCUCUCCGGAAGGAGACGUGGCGGCGGUUGGGCCGGGGCUACCCGGGCCCUUUAUAGUCCCGCCGCCUCCUCCUCCACCUCCUCCUCCUCCUCUCCUCCUAGAGCAGAGGAGGUUGUGGAAGUGGCUGGAAAAAGCGGUGGCGGAGGAUGGAGGAAGGAGGAGGCGGCGUACGGAGUCUGGUCCCGGGCGGGCCGGUGUUACUGGUCCUCUGCGGCCUCCUGGAGGCGUCUCGCGGCGGCCUAGCCCUCCCUCAACUCAGCGAUGACAUCCCUUUCCGAGUCAAUUGGCCCGGCACCGAGUUCUCUCUGCCCACAACUGGAGUUUUGUAUAAAGAAGAUAAUUAUGUCAUCAUGACAACUGCACAUAAAGAAAAAUAUAAAUGCAUACUUCCCCUUGUGACAAGUGGGGAUGAGGAAGAAGAAAAGGAUUAUAAAGGCCCUAAUCCAAGAGAACUUUUGGAACCACUAUUUAAACAAAGCAGUUGUUCCUACAGAAUUGAGUCUUAUUGGACUUAUGAAGUAUGUCACGGAAAACACAUUCGGCAGUACCAUGAAGAGAAAGAAACUGGUCAGAAAAUAAAUAUUCACGAGUACUACCUUGGGAAUAUGUUGGCCAAGAACCUUCUAUUUGAAAAAGAACGAGAAGCAGAAGAAAAGGAAAAAUCAAAUGAGAUUCCCACUAAAAAUAUCGAAGGUCAGAUGACACCAUACUAUCCUGUGGGAAUGGGAAAUGGUACACCUUGUAGUUUGAAACAGAACCGGCCCAGAUCAAGUACUGUGAUGUACAUAUGUCAUCCUGAAUCUAAGCAUGAAAUUCUUUCAGUAGCUGAAGUUACAACUUGUGAAUAUGAAGUUGUCAUUUUGACACCACUCUUGUGCAGUCAUCCUAAAUACAGGUUCAGAGCAUCUCCUGUGAAUGACAUAUUUUGUCAAUCACUGCCAGGAUCGCCAUUUAAGCCCCUCACCCUGAGGCAGUUGGAGCAGCAGGAAGAAAUACUAAGGGUGCCUUUUAGGAGAAAUAAAGAGGAAGAUUUGCAAUCAACAAAAGAAGAGAGAUUUCCAGCGAUCCACAAGUCCAUUGGUAUUGGCUCUCAGCCAAUCCUCACUGUUGGGACAACCCACAUAUCCAAAUUGACAGAUGACCAGCUCAUAAAAGAGUUUCUUAGUGGUUCUUACUGCUUUCAUGGGGGUGUUGGUUGGUGGAAAUAUGAAUUCUGCUAUGGCAAAUAUGUACAUCAAUACCAUGAGGACAAGGAUAGUGGGAAAACCUCUGUGGUUGUCGGGACAUGGAACCAAGAAGAGCAUAUUGAAUGGGCUAAGAAGAAUACUGCUAGAGCUUAUCAUCUUCAAGAUGAUGGUACCCAGACAGUCAGGAUGGUGUCACAUUUUUAUGGAAAUGGAGAUAUUUGUGAUAUAACUGACAAACCAAGACAGGUGACUGUAAAACUAAAGUGUAAAGAAUCAGAUUCGCCUCACGCUGUUACUGUAUAUAUGCUAGAGCCUCACUCCUGUCAAUAUAUUCUUGGGGUUGAAUCUCCAGUGAUCUGUAAAAUCUUAGAUACAGCAGACGAAAAUGGACUUCUUUCUCUCCCCAACUAAAGGAUAUUCAAGUUAGGGGAAAGAAAAGAUCAUUGAAAGCCAUGAUAAUUUCUGUCCGACCGUGUCUCAUUAUAGAGUUCUCAGCCAUUGGACCUCUUCUAAAAGAUCGUAUAAAAUGACUCUCAAACACUUUGUGAAUAUAUAUGUGUAUAUAAGAGGUUAUUGAUAAACUUCUAAGGCAGACAUUUGUCUCGCUCUUUUUCAUUUUUAUUGUGUCUUAUAAACUGAUUGUUUUUCUUGCUUGGAUACUGUGAUUCCAAAAUAAAUCUCAUCCAAGCAAGUUAGAGUCCAGCCUAAUCAAAUGUCAUAAUUGUUGUACCUAUUGAAAGUUUUUAAAUAAUAGAUUUAUUAUGUAAAUUAUAAUGUAUAUAACUAGCUAAUGAAGUAAAAUUCAUGAAGAAAGAAAUUGAUAGGUUUAAAUGAGAGACCAUGUAAAAUAUGUAAAUUCUAGUGCCUGAAAUCCUUUCAACAGAUUUUUAUAUAGCAACUGCUCUCUGCAAGGUGUUAAAGUAGAAACUGGGCACAUGGUAGAGGCUCACAUGGGAGUUGUCCUCACCCUUGUUAAUCUUAAGAAACUCUUAUUUAUAAUAGGUUGCUUCUCUCUCAGAACUUCUAUCUAUUUCUUUUUUCUUCUUAUGUUUACUCUCAGAGUAUCUAUCUGAUGUAGACAGUUGGUGAUGCUUCUCUGAGACUCAGAAUGGUUUGCUCUAACAAAACACUGUGCUGUCUAUCCCUUGUACUUGCCUACUGUAAUAUAGAUUUCACUUCUGAACAGUUUACAGCACAAUAUUUAUUUUAAAGUGAAUAAAAUGUCCACAAGCAGUGUUGUCAUGUAGUCAAUGGCAGAUUAUGAAAUUCCUUUAUUUUUUCCAUUAUCCUGUUGUACACAUUUUAAACAUACAUAUCUGAACAAGAACAGAAAAGGGUCAUAAGAGUCUUUGCCUCCUUUUCAGUAGUUCUGGCCAAAGAUAGUUUAAGAAAAGGCUAAUAUAAUUGACUAUUUUAGGGUUAUUUAUAGAUUUUAGUAGGAAGCAGCACAUAGAGAAAGAGCAUGAACUUUGAAUUCAGACCUAGGUCAAAAUCCUUUUUUUCUUCUCUCUCUCUAUCCAGAGAUGGGGCUGCUCAGGCUGCUCUGAACCCCUGGGCUCAAGCAGUUUUCCCACCUCAGCCUCCCGGAUAGCUGGGACUACCAGGCACACGCCAACAAGACCAGUGCAAAAUCGUCUCUUUAACUUACUGUGUACAAGAGAGGAAAAACCAAACACACCCAAUACAGCACAGAACACUAGGUCACGAAAAUGUGUGGUUUUACUUCUUCACGCCAACCAAUUUUCUGACACCAGUUGAGUGUCCUACAGUUCAGUUCAGUUCUGACAC